AUGGCGCAAAACGACCCCAACUGGCGCCCCAAGGCCAUCGUCUUCGACCUCCUCACAGCACUCCUCGACUCGUGGAGCCUCUGGGACGCCUCGACCCCGUCAAAGACGCCCGAGGAGGGCCGCCGCUGGCGCAAGCAGUACCUCGAGCUGACCUUUGGCGCCGGCGCCUACGGCGCGUCGCCGUCGGCCGCGUACGAGAGCCUCGUGGAGCAGUCGGCCCGCGACGCCGGGGUCCCGGACCCGGCGCCGGCCGCCCUCCUCCGGGACUGGGGGAACCUGCAGGCGUGGCCCGAGGUCGCGCGGGUGCUGGGGGGGCUGCGGGGGGAGGGGUACAGGCUGGGAGUGGUGACGAACUGCUCGGCGGAGCUGGGGCGUGCCGCCGUGCGGAGGGCGGAGGGGUGUGUGGGCGGCGGGUUCGAGUUUGAUGCUGCUGUCACGGCGGAGGAGAGUGGGUUUUAUAAGCCCGUCAGGGCGGCGUACGAGGCUGUCCUUCCCAAGCUUGGUGUCACUGCGGAUGAGGUCCUUUUUGUUGCGGGUAGUGCCGGGGAUGUUCAAGGUGCUACGGACGCUGGGAUGAGGGUUGUCUGGCAUAAUCGGGUUGGAUUGGCUAGGAAGGGUGAUGCGAUUGCGGUGAGGGAGGGCAAGACGUUGGAUGAAGCUCUGCGUGGGUUUUUGUAA